AUGCUUUGCCCGUAUGGGGCCGGCGUCGUCACGUACAAUUCGACCAGAGACUUUGUCACUGUGGGUAUUUCUGCAAUUCAGGGACACGAAGACAACGAUGCCGAUCCAGAUAUCUGGAUCAUCUUUGAAUACGCCGACAAUGUUAUUCCAGCUGUUCCCGAACAGGUGGGCGGCUACCCAGCCAAUUCAACGACUGGCAUGGCCUUCUAUGCGCUGAAACAUCGAGAUGGAGAACCGGAAACACUUGAUUUGUACGUAGAUGAGGGAAAAGUCGGACAAUUUGCUUAUGUGAAGCAAUCGACGAAAGCCGAUAUGGUUUUAAACUCAAAUGUACCAGUCGGGACGACUCUGAAUUACACGCUUCAUGUAGCUGACUAUAGUCCUUGGCUAGAUUAUGCUGCUUGCAUUCGAGUCCUCAUUUCAGCUGGUCAGCAAGAUGGAUGGGACAUACGAUAUUCAAUUGGCGAAGUAGAUAUAAUAGCAACUAUGACCAGCGCUGAUGGAUUUAUCUUCGUCAGAGAGAAUCGUGUUCAACCCAAUACAGUGCAAAGCAUUCGUGUCUCAUUUACUCGGACAUCUGUUGUGCAUCACAACAUGACAUUAACGAUUGAACUGGCUCCUCAUCGUGGCAGUACUGUGGUAGAUUCGCUUCAGUUUAUGACAUAA